UUUGCACUAAAACCUAACCACACAAUCAAAUUUCAAUCCAAGAAAAAUCUAAAAAACCGAAUGGAUUCUAUAGGUAUAAACCGUUGUAAAACUCAACAACAGUUCAACGUUCAUUAAAAGAAACCAACACUCAACAACUGUUCGUCGAGGUAGUUGUUACUGCCGAUCAAAUUCAUCUACGGGGAUGGAGAGCCGUGUCCCCAGGAAUUUGGCAAGCUCCUUAAGCAGCAAGUCAAAGCAGGCGUUAGUUCUUUGGGCGGAGGGUUUCAGGGAGGCUUGCUGUGUUCACCGGGUCUUUGUCUACUGCAUCAGGUCAAGACAGCUUGCCAUCCGAACUGGCCAGUGUUUCUUACUGAAUGGCUUUAUCUUCUUAGGAAGUAUCUUUCUUCUGAAAUCAGUCAUUGUUCCAGCACUACAGUGGAUAUUGCCGGAUCAAUGCCCAGAGAGCACUUCAGAAGGUUCAUUUUCAUGUGGGGUUAUAAUGGAGUUUUAUAGUUUCUUACGCCUUGGACUUGUGAAACUACUCUAUGUUUUCUGGUUUUUUCCAUUAUACAUUUUGAGCUACAUCCUCAGCAAUAUAUGGUACAAUGACAUUGCAAUGCAUGGUUUUUUUGCACUCGAGGAAUAUGGACCAACUACUUCUAAAUCAUCUGAUCAAAAGGAGUCACAAGUUUCACAAAUAGUUAGUAAGACUAAAUCAACUGAUUUUGAAGGAGUCAUGAUUGGCAUUGCUGAACAAAUUUAUUCUGUCCUCUUGCUGACUUUCUUCUUCCUAGAGAUUACUGCUAUCGGAUUCAUCCCCUAUAUUGGAAAUACACUAAAGUUUCUGCUUCUUUCUUGGAUGUAUGCAUAUUAUUGUUUCGAGUAUAAAUGGAAUCUAUCUGGACUAAGUUUGGACAAGAGGCUGGACUUCUUUGAAACCAACUGGACAUUGUUUGCUGGUAGCCCAUGUGUCUUGGUGAUAUUCUUGUUCUCCCCUCUUGUUAGCUACGGGGUUAUGGCUUUACUCUUUCCCUUGUUUGUGUUGACUGCUACUGGCUCAGAAGCCGACACGAGUGUAUCCUUACCAAGAACAAAAUGGAGAGGUUCGGGACUUGGAAGGGUUCCAAUAUUUUACGGCGCACAUUACACAUCGAUGCAGAUCUUGGCCUUGUUUCCUACACACGGCAGGGGUGUGCCAGAAUACAACGAAAGCUAGGAGUCAGGCAUCAUCUGUACAUUAAUACUUCAAGAGAACACCACCGAGAUACCCGCAUAGUGUAGAAGCUCGUAAAUCAAAGAUUGGGGCAACUGAGUUCUUGAUGCCGCCGAUGCGUCGGCUCCAGCUCCGGGAACGGCACUUUGCCGGAAAACAGGAGUGCAAAGAGGUGAAAUCAAAGAAUGCAACGAAACAUAAAAAACGAGAACAAGGGUGUGGCGAGAAGCAGCGGGCAGAGCAGAGAGGCCCUUUUUGUGUUUCGGUCUUCAUCUUCGGAGUAGGAGAUGAUAGAGUAACAAAUUGGGUCUCAAUAUUUUAGCUUUGAAUUUGAUCUGUUUGUGUUCUUCCCUAUUUGAAUUUACUCCGUAUAAGAAAUUGUUGAUCCGGCUACAAGAAUUAUAGAAUAUGGCCGGAAAGGGAGAUGAAUGGUAGAUGUGCUCCCAGACCCCCCUAUGCUGCGGUAAUUGCAACAAAGGUAAAAGGGGUUUUAGUUCUUCUAUUAAUUGCUAUCCUAAAUUAUCGUGCCAAAAUGAAACGUAAAGUUUCAUUCGGGACAGAGGGAGUACUUUUUGGGAUAGAUGGAGUAUUCUGAUUUCCAUUUAAUUAUUUGUAACUUUUAGUCCCACAAUUAUAAUGCGUUUUUUUACUUUUAAUCCAUAUGUUUCCCAUAUGUUUGCACACGACCAUGAGUCCAUGAAUCUCUUACUUUUGAUCCUUCUUACACUUUUAUGCCAAGUUUCAUACAAUUCCUGGAUGUUUUAGCCGGGCAAGUGACACAAAGAAUAAAAACUUUAAGACAGUUAGUGUUGUAUUAUAAAAGCGGAGUUAAUGGAUUAGCUCACCUCUUAAGUUUAGUAUUUAGCUCACCCAUUCAUUUUCCCCUGGAGUGGUAUUUAGCUCCCGAUUUAAUCAGAAUUCUAAGGCUUCGCUUUGAUACCCGAAAAGGUUAGCUAAAGCAAAGAACAAAUUUAAGGAGAGUUAUUUUCUUAGCUUAGGAUUUAUCUCACAAAAGGUAAAAGGAAAUUAAAUAUGAUUAAUUAGUGUUUUUUUAAACUUUCACAUAAUAAUAUACGUAGUAGUACACAUUAAUACAUAAAGUGAAUUCAAACAAUAUUAAAUGAAGUUAAUUAUACUCUUAUUUUUCCCAGUUACUCGUUGCAAUAAGAUCAACAUUUAAAAAGGUCUACGAUUUGUGAAUAGUAUUGUAGAAAGGGAAAAUGUGGGGAGAAGUUUGAAAGUAUAGAUCAAUAGCAAGGAUAUUCAGUCAUUUAGAGAUGCAUAUAUGAGAAAUGUUUUUAGAAACAAUGUAAUUUGUUUCAUCAAGCUUAACAUUUUUUACAAUUAAUCAAGCUAAGUGCCACACAUUAUUUUACAUUGGUUUAUAUUAUGACUAUCUGAAAAAGACAAUUCCCCAAUCCGACUUGCGUAUCUCAUUUUACAUUUUAAAAGUUUAUCCACUUUUAAAGAAGCCCCCACAGUGUUGCUCGUGGGAUUCUAUUCUUUGUCCUUGUAUCAAAUUUUCAUCUCAAGAAUCAACUCAGCUACUUGAUAGUUGAUAAGUGAUCAAGUGUUAUAAUUAUUAGGGCGAAUAAUCGAAAAGUGAACCGCUAUAACCGUACCAAGAUGGGAAAAAAUCAAACCGGAAGAAAACCGACUUUAUCGGGACCUGAAAGUUGGUAUCCGAACAUUAAUCGGUUUAAAAUUGGUUUGAGAGGUUAGUAAAUGAGUAAAUCGGUUCAAAUUGAACCAACUGAUUUUAUUAUUUGUUUAAAUAUUUUAGUUUUUUCUAGAAUUAAGGAGCCCAUAUCAGCAAACUAAGGUAGUGUUUGAUAAAAUAUAUGCUUUUUGUGUAAUAGAAAAAUUAAAAAGCAGUUUUUUAGCUUUUAGUUUUUAAGUGUUUAAUUUAAGUAGAAAUUGUCACUUGAAAAUACUAAUUUCAGCUUUUUAAGCAAAAAAUCGAGAAGUGCUUUUUUAAGCGUUUGCAAACAGACUCUAUAUGUGUCCACUCUACCAUCUGGAAUCCACGUGGACCACAUAACUGUAUUUCCUCAUAUAGCAGUAUAGCAUAUAUUGAAGCGUGCCACACGGUCUCCUUAAAAAGAAUUAAUAAUUAUUUCAACUGUCCUUGUAUGUUUUUUACAGCUGCUUUCGGUACGAAGAUUAAAAAAAUAACAUUAUUUUCAAAGGGAAAAAAUGCUGCUGCAAAAUCCUUCACUCAAAAAAGAAAUGGAAAGACAAUUUUUAGACAAAUGGAAAAGUUCAUUUAGGAGAGUAUUCAGAAAUAUAUACUGUGAAUGCUAUAUAUGCAGUGGAGCAUGAGGUACUAGAGAGACAGAGGGGAAGAUUUGAGGGCUUUAUGUCAGCAACAAUUUGGUAAACAAUUUGCUAACCUCUCUUUGGAAUAGAAACUGGGGCUGUCUCUGUCUGUCCAAUGCUGAACCAGACUGUACGUACAUACCUAGGAUGACGCCGUGGUUGAGCGGAGCACUUGCAAGUUGCAAAAUCUCAUUGCCUUGGCCUUGUUUGGCUGCAGUGCAUCAUCUGCUAGUAGUUUCAAUUGCAUCUUCUUCUCUCUUUUGCUUUUAAAAGUUCUUUAUUAAGAAGGCUAGUGAAUAUGAGGUAAUUGCUUCAGGCAUCAUCCUCCAACUCCUUGUAUGUUGAAGGCACUAUUUAUUUAGUUCCGCAAUUUCCUUACUCCUUUUUAUUACCAAUAAAUGCCAUUUUAUAGAUUUCUG